AUGUCUCUCUCCUCCCUUCCCAUCGAGCUCAUCUACGAGCUUGCCUUUGAGCUUGUGACGCCAGACCUAAACUCCCUCAUCCAAACCAGCCGCCACUUUUGCUCCAUACUCAACCCGGUACUUUGGGACGCGAGGUCAUUAGUAGACGCUACAACAUCCGACCGUCUGCAUGCACGCAUCCUCGAGAGAUUGGGUGCGGAUACCAGCUCCAUCUUCCACCAAGCCUCUAAGACGGGUAAUGUCCACACAGCCCGCAAACUCCUCGAUGAAUACGACGAGGACCCUGAUUCAAAGACAAUCGACUCUAUUCCGGUAAUCGUUCCCGCUCUCAUGGCUGGCCAUGAAGACUUCGUACGUCUCAUGGUUGAGAGAGGUGGUCUACGCAAUCCCAAUGACAAGCGUAUGGCCAUCGUAAUAGCGAUUAGAACCGCUAAUGCGCGGAUCGCCAGGAUCAUCCUGGAAGGAGAUGGAAAACUAUAUGAGUUCAUACUCAACCCCAUUGCCGUCGACAUAGCAGUGAGCAAUGAGUCAAUCUCUGCAAUGGGUUUCCUGCUCGACAGAGGAGCCAAUACCAACAACGUCGUUCUUCAAAAUGUGGUGUAUAUGGACCAAAAGUCGUCCUACGAUGGCUCAUCUCUCGAGAUGCGACCGCGGGAGUCCGGAAGGGGUUUGCUGAUGAUACACUAUCGCUAG